AUGACGGUCCAGCAGUCUCCUUCCAGGAACACUGGAGCGCCCUGGCCCGGCCCAGCCUGCGUCGCAGCACAGACAGAGGCCCUGCAGCAGGAGCCUGUGGCGCGGGGCUUGGAGGCUGUGACCCCCGAAGCUGUGGUUCUGCUGCCUGGGUUAAGCCUCCUACUACUUAAUUCUGUUGAAACAGGAAGUGGGCAACAGUCAGUGACAGGAGUUGAAGCUUCAGAUGAUGCUAACAGUUACUGGCGGAUUCGUGGGAAAAGUGAUGGCGGCUGCCAGCGAGGAACACCGGUGAAAUGUGGGCAAGCUAUACGACUUACCCACGUUAACACAGGAAAAAAUUUACACACUCAUCACUUCCCAUCACCACUCUCCAAUAACCAAGAAGUAAGUGCCUUUGGUGAUGAUGGUGAAGGAGAUGACCUGGAUAUAUGGAUUGUGCAGUGCAGUGGGACACACUGGGAGCGGGAUGAUGCAGUGCGCUUCAAGCACGUAGGAACCGAUGUGUUCCUUUCAAUAACUGGGGAACAGUAUGGCCAUCCAAUUAGAGGCCAACGGGAAGUUCAUGGCAUGCCUACUGCUAAUCAUCACAACUAUUGGAAAGCAAUGGAAGGAAUUUUCAUCAAACCCAGUAUGGACCCUGCAAAACAUGAUGAGCUCUGAAUUGGUCAGAGGAUCCAUAAUGCUUCUGUUUACUCCAGUGUUGGGAGAUGCUAAUCCUUGGCCUCUUAUAAGUCCUGCCUUGCCUAAGUGACUGACUUUCUGUAUUACUGAAGGGCAUUAGUUCAUUCUAGGAAUGCAGCACUUCUGUGGGGAAUGGCAUCUGCCAGGAUUAGACACGUAAAGUUGGCAAAAUCCUCUCUCAAUUUUCAAGUUUAAUUGGUGAAACUAGUUCAUAUGUCUGUUAGUUUUCACUGUAAUUUGUUUUGCUUGUCACUUUUUCUCAAAUCCAAAGGAAAUGGAAAAACUGAAGUAAUGGAUUUCUGUAGUCCCAAGUACAAUAAAAAUUCAUAUUUUGUAAUCUUUUUCCAGUUAUAAUUAAACAUUGGGAAACU